AUGGCUGAAGAAAUUGAGCCUCACAUAGCAAGAAAAUUUGAAAUAAUUUAAAAAUUAGGAAAGGGUGCUUAUGGAAUAGUAUGGAAAGCAGUUGAUAAGAAAUUAAAAACUGUAAUCAUUUUAUUUUUUAAAAUUCCAAAAGGUUGUUGCAUUGAAAAAAGUAUUUGAUGCCUUCCAUAAUGCAACAGAUGCUCAAAGAACCUUUAGAGAGAUUAUGUUUUUAUAAGAGUUGAAUGGACAUGAGAACAUUGUUAGACUAUUAAACAUUAUUAAAGCAGAAAACAAUAAAGAUAUCUAUUUAGUAUUUGAUUACAUGGAAACUGAUUUACAUGCAGUUAUUGUAUAGUUAUUCCGCUUAAAUAGCGUGCUGGAAUUCUAGAAGAAGUGCAUAAGAAAUUCAUUAUUUAUUAGAUUUUGAAAUCUCUCAAAUACAUACAUUCAGGUGAAUUGAUUCAUCGAGAUCUAAAACCAUCUAAUAUCUUACUUAAUUCAGAAUGCCAUAUGAAACUAGCAGAUUUUGGAUUAGCUAGGAGUAUAGCAAUAAAUGAAGAAGAUUGCAGUAAACUAUCAAAUCUAAACUAUAGCCCCUCCUAUUUUGACUGAAUAUGUGGCCACUAGAUGGUAUAGAGCACCUGAAAUUCUUCUUGGAUCCACUAAUUAUACAAAGGCUGUUGAUAUGUGGAGUAUAGGAUGUAUACUUGGUGAAUUAGUUAUUGGCAAAGCAGUUUUUCCAGGAACUUCUACUGCAAAUUAGAUUGAGCGAAUUUUAGAAUUAAAUGGUAAGCCUUCUGAUUAGGAUGUUGAAUCAUUAGAAUCACCUCUUGCUUCACAUAUAUUAUCAUCUGUUGCUAUGAUAAAAAGGAAAUCAUUUUAAUAAUUCUUUUAAGGUGCUAGUGAUGAUUGUUUAGAUUUAAUAAGAAGGUAAUUAAUUUAUUAAAUUUAGAUUAUUGGUUUUUAAUCCAAAAAUGAGAUUAACUGUUGAUUAAGCUAUUAGACACAAAUAUCUUAAAGAAUUCUCAUCUCCUGAGGAAGAAAUUGUAUGUCAGGAACCAAUCAAAAUACCUAUGAAUGAUAAUAAAAAAUUCUCAAUUAAAGAAUAUAGAGAAGCAUUAUAUGAUGAUAUCAAUAGAAGAAAAAAAGAAUAAAGAAAAAAGUGGCAAGCGAAAUAUUUAUAAUAAUUAGGAAUGAAUCCUGAUGAUUUGAUUGAUGGAAAUCAAUUUAUCAAUUAAAAUGAUUAACAAUAAUAACCAGUUUCAUUUUUUUAGAAAUCAAAUAAAAUUGAAAAUCAAAAUAAUUCUUAGGCUGUUUAAAAAUCUAAUAUUGAAGAAAUUUAAUAAAUUAUCAGAUAAUAACAAAUAUAAUCUUAACAAUUAAAGAAAUCAUAGAGUUAAGUUAUAGUUUAACCUGCACAAAAAUUGACUAGCCAAAAAAGUGCAUCCAAUAUUGUUGCAUAAAUAUAUAAUAAUUUCUCAAGUCAAGAUUCAAAGUUUCAUCAACAAUAAUAGUUUUUGCAACAAUAAUUGUAACAACUCCAGCAGAAAUCCCUUAAAAAAAAGACAUGA